GGGUCCGGGUCCAAACAUGGGAAGCGGGGUUUGCUCCCGGAGGCAGCGGAGGAUCUUCCAGUGUCUCCUGCUGGUCACCGUGGUCUGCGGGGUCAUGUACGGGGGGAUGAUCUCCUAUGAGUUGCACAAGCAGCUCAAGAGGACCGAGGCGACGGCGCUGAAGUACCAGCAGCACCAGGAGUCGCUCUCCGCACAGCUCCAAGUGGUGUACGAGCAUCGCUCCAGGUUAGAGAAGUCUCUUCAGAAGGAGAGGUUAGAGCACAAAAAGGCCAAAGAAGAUUAUCUGGUUUAUAAACUUGAUGCACAGCAGUCACUUAACAAGGAGAAGCAAGACUCCGGCAGCAGAUUCAAUUCUCUACAAGUGCAACAUCAGAUGCUAAAGAACCAGCACGAAGACCUGAAGAAGCAGUUUUACGAUCUGCAGGAGCAGCACCAAGUCCAAGGCGAAGACCACAACCGGCUGCUGGAUGAACACAAAGAGCACUACGAGAAAGUCCAGCAAGUCAAAGAGUCGGAAAUCACCCAUCUCAAAGAUAAUGUAUAUAACCUGAGAGAGGAAAAUAAACAGCUGAGGAAAGCCCACCAUGACAUUCACACACAGCUACAGGAUGCUCAGGUUCAGCAUCAGAACCUGAAGGAAUCCCACAACCAGCUCGCACUGACACUGGAAGACCACAAGAGUGCGCUGGCUGCAGCUCAGGCGCAGGUGGGUGAAUACAAGCAGCUGAGGGAGUCCCUGAACAGGGUGCCAAAUGUGAGACGGCCUGAACAAAACGCUGCCCCCCAGCAGCUACAAGCCGCUGCCAUAGCACCCGAGCCCCAUAUUCAUGAAGACCAACAGGCCACAAUACUGGAACAGCCACAUGAAGGGGCGCAUGCCCAGCAGGGUGAUCCCCAGGUUCACCAGGACACUGAUUCCAGGUCGGACCAUCAAGAGGAGGAGAGGCAUCCACAGUCCGAGAUCAAGUCCCACCCCACCGUGUCCCAGCACACUUUGUCAGACAAAGAGGAGGACGGAGAUGGAGAGGCUGAGAGGAAGAGGGAGCUGGCAGAGGAGGAGAUGGCUCAAGCAGGACAGCCUCAGAAGCUGGAGGAGGAUCCGGACCAACCACAGGAGGAGCAGCAGGACGAGGAGGAGGAGCCAGAAAAGGAACAGCCGGACGAGAACGCCCUGGACCGACAGAGACGGCAGCCACAACCGGGCCUCCAUCCGGAGCAGCAGGAGGCACACGCCCAGGUGGAACGUGUGAAGUCGGCCUACGAGCAGCAGAAGGAGCAGCAGCGUCUGGAGGCUCAGAGGGCGGAGGAGCACAGGCAGAUCCAGAUGCGACAGGAGGCCCUGAAGGUCCAGAGAGACAAGGUGCUGAAGGAGAGGGAGCAGAGGCUGAAGCAGGAACAGGAGAGAGAGCAGCAGCAGAACAGGGAGGCCGACCGACGGGAGCAGAUGCUGAAAGAGGAUCACCAAAGGAAAAGGACAGAUUAUGAAAAUAUCGACAAUGAUAUCGUUCAAGGAGAAGAGGACCGCCACACUGACGAUGAAGAAGACGCUCACAUGAUGCAUGAGGACGAGGAGAAUCAGGAGGCGGAUCACAGAGUGCCAUCACGGCGGCAGGGGGCUGCAGUCGGUGAUGUGGACCCUGAGGACGACCCCAACAACCAGGGGGAGGACGAGUUUGAGGAGGCUGAGGACGAUCAUCGGCAGCGCAGGGUUGCACAUGAGGAGGAGGUGGUGGAGGAGGAAGAGGAGCCGGCAGCACCAGCCCAGCAGAAAGACACACGCUCAGGUCCACAACAACCUGCUGGGGAGGAAGAUCUGGUGAUGGCUGGAAACCCAGAUCAACAGGAAGACACAAUAGAUGACCAGUACCAGGAGGGAGUAGAGGACGAUGCCCAGGAGGACAUGGCUGGUGGACAGAAGAGAGAGGAGGAGGUGGAGGAGGAAGGAGAGGAUCCAUAUAACGAGGAGAACAUAGAACAGGAUGACGUAAAAACCCAGGAGGGACCGAGACAGGAGUGGGAUCACAGAAAACAGGCCCAGAAUAACGAGGAAGAGAAUUACGAAGACGAAGAGGAGGAUGUAGAGGAGGACAUGGCCGGUCGAGAGAAAGGAACCAAUCGGAGGGCGGAGAUGUAAGACGGACGCAGACUACGACCAGUUGCUGUGCCUUUUUUUUCGGCUUCCCAUAGAGCCUGUCAGGUCUUUCUUUUUCCUGUUUCCCAAAGGAAUAAAACCAUCCAUGCAUUCACAAUUCCAAUUAGGAAAAUUGGGAUGUUACGCCUGGAAGAUGGGAUGCCAUUGCGAACACUGUGGGGAUGGAACUGAGCAUCUUUCACUGUGGAAAUGGACAGAAUUUGUCGGGCGGAAAUCGGAUGUAUACUGUAUAUUUUUUUUAUUCACUUACUUCUCUGUCUGCCUGAUUGCCUGCCUGGUUCUGUUUUUUUUUUUUAAGAGCAGACAGGCAGAGAAUGUAUUUCUACCAUGUGCUGUCUUUGAGUAUGUGUAAAGAAAGCAAAGAUAAAUUAUGUUAUUCUGAUGUCUUCAUGUUCAGGCCUUUAUAUGUAUUUUUAAUGCAAACAGUUGUAUACUUUAUAGAGCUCAAGUUUUAAUCUUGCAUUCCAAUUGAUCAAGUCGUUUUCUGUUAUUUAUUGUUGAUUGUAACAAUUCUGACAAUCAUAAAAAGAAAAAGGUGCAACAUUUCUUUUUUUUUUUGUAUUUUCCCUGACUGAUGUAGUUUGAUGUACUGAUGUGUCAUAGAAGCUUUUACCAACACAGAUACACAGGAGUAUUUUCACUGGAUAUUGCCGGUCAAAAAGACAUUUCUGGUGAAGCCGUUGCGUGCUGAAAGUGUCACACUGACAUGUGCCUUUCCAUUCUUGGAAACCUCUUCUAGGAGCUUGGUAAUUUUAUAUUUGAAAAAAAAACUUUUCAAUAGGACAAGAGAGAUAAGGGUAUGCAUAUUCGUGCUGAGCCUCUUGCAUAGUUGUUUCAGCCUUAAACAGAGGGCUAGUUCAUGUCGACUGCUGGUGUGAAUUCAAUUCACAAACCUAAUGCAAUUUACUGAAAAACUGCUUUAGUCUACUGUACAAUGUAUAGUAAAACAAAUGCUGACAAUUUGUACAUUUUCCCACCAGUUAUAUUUGAUACAAAAAGUGGGAUUUUGUAUGUAUUGAACCAUGUGUGACACAUGAAAGGUGUGUGUGGAAUAAAGAUGUC